UCCGAGCGGCGCUGGGCGAGCCCGAGUCCCUCCGCGCCCCGCGAUCGGGGGGCUCCUGCACGGGGUCACUGCGCCAGCCGAGCCGCGCACCCUCCGCCAGCCACGGACAUGGACAUGAAGAAAAGGAUCCACUUAGAGCUGCGGAACAGGACGCCGUCAGAUGUGAAAGAGCUCGUUCUGGACAACUGCAGGUCGUACGAAGGGAAAAUCGAGGGCCUCACGGAUGAGUUCGAGGAGCUGGAAUUCCUCAGCACAAUCAACGUCGGCUUAACCUCAGUUGCAAACUUACCAAAGUUAAACAAACUCAAGAAGCUCGAGCUGAGCGACAACAGAAUCUCAGGAGGCCUGGAAGUGUUGGCAGAGAAGUGUCCGAACCUCACGCACCUAAACCUAAGCGGCAACAAAAUUAAAGAUCUCGGGACAAUAGAACCUCUGAAAAAGUUGGAAAACCUGAAGAGCUUAGACCUGUUCAACUGUGAGGUGACCAACUUGAACGACUACAGAGAAAACGUCUUCAAGCUGCUCCCGCAGCUGACGUACCUGGACGGGUACGACCGGGACGACAAGGAAGCGCCGGAUUCCGACGCCGAGGGAUACGUGGAGGGGCUGGACGACGAGGAGGAGGAUGAGGACGUUUUAUCCCUAGUGAAAGACCGGGACGACAAGGAAACGCCGGAUUCCGACGCCGAGGGAUACGUGGAGGGGCUGGACGACGAGGAGGAGGAUGAGGACGAGGAGGAAUACGACGACGACGCUCAGGUAGUGGAGGACGAGGAGGAUGAGGAGGAGGAGGAGGAAGGGGAGGAGGAGGACGUGAGCGGAGAGGAGGAGGAGGACGAGGAAGGCUACAACGACGGCGAGGUGGACGACGAGGAGGACGAGGAGGAGCCCGAGGAAGAGCGGGGCCAGAAGAGGAAACGAGAGCCUGAGGACGAGGGGGACGAGGACGACUGAGCAGCUUUUCUCCCUGGGAAAACAACAAAAGAAAAUUCCCCCUCUUUGUGAUUUGACUGUUUUUAUCCCGGAAUUCCCCCCCUUUUCCCACUCCCGACCCUUUGGAUUUCCUUUUCUUUUCCUGUUUUGUUUUGGUUUUUUUCGGUUUUUUUUCUUUUUUUUUUUUUUUUUGUUUGGGUUUUUUUUUUUGGUUGGGUUUUUAGGUUUUUUUUGUUGUUUUUUGUCCGGAUUGUAACGUUGCUGUGGGAACCGAGCGGGAGCAGCGAGGGUGGGAAGGGAAUAAAAUCCUAUUUUUACUGCCGCUCCUCCUCCGAUUCUUUGGGAAUUUUUAUUUUUUUUUUCUUUUAUUUUUAUUAUUUUUUUUAUUAUUAUUAUUUUUUUUUUUUUCCCCCUUUGGAUCCUUUUCCUUCAACCCCCUUGGAAAACUGAGGGAGUCGAGUAGGAACCGAGUUGGGAAUUCUCGGAAGCGGAGCUCGGACGUCUGGGAAGCGAAGCGAGGAGGGGGAAAAAAAAAACAAACAAAAAAAAACGAGUUGGAAUCCGUGGAUGAGCCGGGAUUUUCCCACCUCUGCCGUUCCCAAAUCCACGUUUUUUGGGGUUUUUUUUUUUUUCCCCCCAGGAAUUGGCAGCCAGGCCUCUCCUCCCGGGUGCCUCGCUCCGUGGAUUUUGGGGUUUUUUUUUGGGAAUGCUGCCAUUUCCAGCCCCCUUUUCCCGACUUUGGGAAUUCCCUCUUUGUAAAUAGCGACCAAACGUUGGGGGGUUUUUUUUGGAGGUGGUUUUUUUUUUUUUUUUUUUUUUUGGGAAUGUUGGAUUUUUCGGGAUGGGUUCGGAGCUGGUGACUUUGAGAUCCCCGUGUGUUGUGCGUUCCCGGUUUUUCCUUUAAUUUGGGAGGGAAUUUUCGGUUUGUUUGGGAAAUUUUCUUAUUUUUUUUUUUUAAUUAUUAUUAUUAUUAUUAUUUGGGGGAGUUUUCUGGGUUUUUAGGAGAAAUUUUUUUGGGAAUUCUUGGGAACUUUCCUGGCCUCCAGCGCGGCCAAAUCCCUGGAAAUGGCAGGCAUGAAAAAAAAAAAUAAAAAAUAAUGGGAAUCUAUUAAAAAAAUCCCAAAUUCCCAAAUUACCUGACCUCGGAAUAAACCGACUCCUUCCCCCUCUCCCAAUCAGCUCCCUCUGGAAUUUCCACUGCUAAUCCAGGAAAAAAAAAAAAAAAAAAACCCUUGGAAAAAUCCCGAUUUUUCCACCCAGAAAGCCAGGAAUUCCGGGAGAAACGCCUGAAAUUCCAUGGAAAUUCCUGAAAAUUGUAUUUUCUUACCUUGUGGGAGGCAAAAAACAAAAAAAAAAAAAAAAAGAAAAAAUAAAAACAUAAAAAAAACCCGGAAAAUCCUUGGGGAAUGUACAGAUCCCGCGGGAAAAAUCCCUUUGGGGAGUGACUUGGAUUUCCUAGGAAAGCUUCCGUGUGUGGAAAUCCAGCGGCUCCGGGGGAUUUUUUGGGAAUUUGGGGGCCCGGCAGAGCCACCUUUGGAGUUUUUGUCUGUUUGGCUUUGAGGAAUUUCAAUAAA